AUGUUUACGCUAUCGAGGCUGCCCGAUGAGAGUAACCCAUCGCCCAAUGUUGGCAACGGUACCGAUAGCAGCCACAGCACCAGCAACAGCAACGCAAGCACUGUUAGCAGUGUUUCCGGUAGUGGCGUCGCAACCACCCUCGACGCAACCGACUCCUCGGGCGCAGGAGUCGCCACAAGCCCGACCGCUUGGAAUCUCGAACUUGAUCUGCCAAUGAUCGAAGAAGACAUGCAAGUGAUCGACACGAUCGAUCAGAGCUACUGGAACGGGAAGUUUGUUCCACCACCCCCAAGACCACCAUUUCUGGAAGAAUCCAUCGCUCCGGAUGGUCUCACGACGUGCGACUUAUGCAGCUGGGCCUGGCAGGAUAAGGGCACCUUGUCCCUUGACGGAGCUAUCAAAGAAAUUUUCUCCCCACCCGCAGAUACCAAGGAGUUCAGCUGGACUUUCACGCUGGUCGUAGUUUCGCUUACAUCAGCUGUACUUGGUGCCAUAAUUAUGAUAAUAUUUCUUAGGUGUAAGAGAAUACGGUCUAAUCAGAAUGGAAUACGAACGCUAUGCUUUGAUUCGAGCAGUACAAAGGAUACGACGGGACUCAAUUUCGAUAACCAAACAUCAAAAAAUUCCACAAACGGGUCGUGUAGUCCCAGGAGUACCAAUUCGGGGUUGUGGACGUGGUUUAGUAGCCGAAAGAAUCUAUCCACACCGGAGCAACUGGUCAAUUCUCACACGCUGCCGGUGGAAAAUCAUUACACCCACAUGGAUGACAACAACUAUAAUCCGGUUCAGAUAGAUGAAGCAUCGUAUGCUGAAGUAGGUAACGAAAUGGGUCCAUCUGAAACAAAUUCAUAUAAAUCGAGCUCCGUGCAUCAUGGAGGCGAUAACGACGUGUUGAUUAUGAACUGUCCUUUGCCGGCCAUUCCCACUGGAUCGCAUAGUGGAGGUGCCAGUGGGUCGGGAAGUGCAUACUAUUCCGGGCUGCUCAACAGUGCCGACAUGCCUGGUGAUGACGACGAAGACGAAAGGCCGUACGAAAUUGUCGACCUAAAGGAGAUGUCCUCGCCACACAAAAGUCACAAUGUACAAAGUCACUUACUGAAUGAGACCAACAAUUUGCUGACCAUCGAAAAGCACUCCGAAGGCUUACCUGAAGGUACAAUUUCGGCAUCCGAUUAUGUUUAG